AUGAACGACACUCGUAAUAUGAAGAAAGACAAAAAACAACACAUACAAGUUUUCGUCCGUGUUAGACCAACAAAUAAUGCAGAAAAAGUUGGGAAAUCAAUUAUAGUUAUCGAUAUACCGUCUAAUAAAGAAGUGGUCAUUCGUGAAAAACUUCACGAUAAAUUUACAAAAAAAUUUACAUUUGACAAAGUAUUUGGACCAAAUUCGAAACAGUUACAAGUAUACAAUGCAGUUGUUAGUCCUUUGGUGCAGGAAGUUUUGGCUGGAUAUAAUUGCACAGUGUUUGCCUAUGGACAAACUGGUACUGGGAAGACUUUUACUAUGGAAGGAACUGAUAAUGAUCCGUCAUUACAUUGGCAAACAGAUACUAAUGUCGGAGUUAUACCACGAGCUUUGAGUCAUUUAUUUGAUGAACUGCGUGUAUUGGGGGUACAAGAAUAUUCAGUGAGAGCCAGUUUUUUAGAAUUAUACAAUGAGGAAUUAUUUGAUUUGUUAUCUCCUAAUGAUGAUGCAACUAAAAUAAGGAUAUAUGAGGAUCCAAUAAAAAAAGGAGCAGUAAUAGUGCAUGGCUUAGAAGAAAUACCAAUACAUAAUAAAAUUGAAGUGUUCAAUAUCCUUCAGAAAGGAACAGUGAAACGGCAGACAGCAGCUACUUUGAUGAAUGCACAUUCAAGUCGUUCGCACACAAUAUUUUCUAUUACUGUCCAUUUAAAGGAAAAUACUGUAGAUGGUGAAGAAUUAUUGAAAACAGGAAAACUAAAUUUAGUUGAUUUAGCUGGUAGUGAAAAUGUUGGAAGGUCCGGUGCUGUUGAUCGGAGAGCAAGAGAAGCAGGCAACAUCAAUCAAUCUUUACUAACUUUAGGUCGAGUUAUAACAGCACUUGCAGAGAAAACGCCACACGUGCCUUAUCGAGAGUCUAAAUUGACACGAUUGCUCCAAGAAUCAUUAGGUGGACGUACAAGAACCUCGAUAAUCGCUACAAUAUCACCUGCUAGUAUUAAUCUUGAAGAGACAUUAUCAACGUUGGAUUAUGCAUAUCGUGCAAAAAAUAUUACAAAUAGACCUGAAAUUAAUCAAAAAUUUUCUAAGAGAGCAUUGCUUCAGGAAUAUAUGGAAGAAAUUGAAAGAUUAAAAAAGGAUUUAAUAGCAUGUCGUGAACGAAAUGGUAUUUACUUAACUCCAGAUAGUUACAAUGAAAUGCAGUGUUUGAUAGAAUUUCAAAGCAAAGAAAUAGAGGAAAAAUUGAAUCACAUUAAAGCACUUGAAGAAUGUAUGAACUCUAAGGAGCAAAUAUUUAAUGAAUUAAAAUCAAGAAACUCUGAACAAGCAAACGAAUUAUUAAAUGUAAAAAGUCAAUUGGAAAGUACAGUAAAUGCUUUAAUGUCAACUUCAUCACGUUUGGCAAUAUCAGAGCGAGAAAAAGAAGAACAAAAAUAUCUUGUUGAAAAACAUACACAUACUGAAAAUAUUCUUUUAUCACAAGUGCAAACAGUUUUAGACGUAGCUGACACAGCUAUUUCAGAUGUAAAUAAACUUCAUGACAAAGUUUUCCGGAAAAUGCAAAUAGGACAACAAAAUAAAUGUCUUGGACAACAAUUUAAACAUAAUAUUCAAGCACGAAUCAAAAAUAUUGAAGCUGAUAUUACAACACAUAACGAAAAUUUUAUGCAAUUUUGUGCAUUUAUAAAGAAUUACAUUGGUAUACAAAAUGGUUUACUUAUUGAGGAUAUUGAUAAAUCGAUUCAAGUUAUAUCCCAGGACUUUACUAAUUUUAACCAAAAUAUACACCACGAGUUGGUGAAAAAUAUAAAUGAUUCUUAUUUAAGAUAUCAACAGUGGCUUGAAAAUGAAGACAAAAAUGUUGCAACUGUGACUGAUAAAAAAUUGAAUAUGUUAAAUGAUAUUUCUGACCAUAUUACACAAAGAUUUCAACAAUUGAUAGAAAAUAAAAUAGCAGAAGAUUUGCAUGGAUUAAAUACCCAUAUUUCUCAACAGACUGAUGAUUUAAUAGAAUCUACAAAAGAAAUAGUAACGUGGAUUUCUAAAUGUUCAGUUGAAGAGCGGGAUUGCUUAAAUAACAAAAUAUUAGAAAUUAAAGAACAUAUUAAAAAUAUCCAAUAUGAAGAAGAUAGUAUUAUUGAGAAACAAAAAAAUUUUGCAAAGAUGAUGGAUGAUUUGCAAUGUUGUUUCAAUGCAGUGCGAAAAGAGGAGGAAGAAAAUCGUUCUUCAGUACGUGAUAUAUUAAAUAAUAUUGAUCAAACUUGUGAAAUAAUAAAUAAUCACGCUUUAGAUACAUGCAGAAUAAAUAUAGAAAAACAAAACGAUUUACAAGAGAGACUUGAAAAUAAUUUAAAAAUAGUAAAACAAGUAGUUGAUGAAGAGACAAAUAAGUCUCGAUUUUUGGCCGAAAACGCUGUUGCACAAGGUAAAAUAUUAAUAAACCAAUUCCAAGUGGAUUUGAACAAAAAUUGCGAUUCAUUAAUAAAUUAUAAAAAUUGUGUGGAACGAACUAUUAAAAAUAUGCAGCAAAAAAUGAAAGAAGAUGAAAGUCUUAUUUUGUCAGCAAUUAAUGAUGUGUAUUUGAAAGUUUACACUAUUUGUAAUGAACAUACAAGAUGUUUAAGCGACUGUAAAAUGGCAUUUAUAAAUGUAUCUAAAGAAAUGAGCCAAAAGCUUGAAAGUAAAAAUAUUAAUGCAGCAAGUAUGAGCAGUACAAUUAUUGUAGAAAUCCAAGCAAUACUUGAUCAAAUUAAUAAAUUCUUUACAGAAGAUUUAUAUCGCGAUAUUCCGACAGGUUUAACUCCUGCAAAAAAGGAUUUUCAGUAUCCUAAAAAACUUAUGAAAACGUCACCACAUGAACGACUUCUUAAAAGGUAUAGAGAAACUCUCUCAGAAAUUGAACAUACAGAGAAUUAGAACAAAGCGAGCAACAGAACAAUUCGAAGCAGAAAAAGCG